CCUGCUCAGCUCAGUAAGUAACCUUAACUGGGAACUUGCUGUUACUUUAAAUAAGAACUCUUGUUGCCUCAUGCUGUAAGGUGAGAAAUUCUUCUGGAACAGAAGGACAACAGUGACACUUGGAGCUCGCUGGUAUUGCUGGCCGUGCUGGCAGGGAGCACACAACAGCCUGAAACAGAGCUAAAGCCCACAGGAGCCUUCAGACUCAAAUUCUGCAGAGGGACAGUGCCACUGGAGAAAGCGACAAAGCCCUGGUACAAUCGCGCUGCUGAAAGAAGACCUGAAGAAAGAUGCACUAAACUGUCAUACAUCAAAGAAGAAAAGCUUGGAUCCUGUCUCGAUGGCUGCUGUACCAUACAGACCUAGAGAGGAGGAGAUCUAGAGUGAAUUUGCUGUAGUUCCCAGUUCCUGCAGUGUUCCCUGCUAGCUCAGUGGUUGGUGUCCUCCAUUCCUGGACUUUGCUUGAUGGGGAUCUCUGCUGCAGGAGCAGUCUCUGCACUCAAAGGCAGACGAGCAGGGAUAGGAGAGGUCGCCUCUAGAUGCUGGAAAGGCCAUUUGUGUAAACUCCUAGCAGAAGAUCGCUUCUGGAACAGCCGCUGGCUGUAGGCCCACCAAGCCGAAGGUCAGGAUAGCCUCUGUGCAGCAUGUCUUCCAAGCCAGAGCAGAAGGAGACCCACCAGGCCAAUGGGGCUGUGCUGCCCAUUGUGCCCGUGGACUGUCUCACCAGUCCGGACCGGGGGCAGCUGGUGGAGCCCUCAGAUUUCCUGGGACCUGAUGGUGACGGGGUAGAAGUGGUGGUGUUGGAGUCCCGUGCCAAUGCUAAAGGGGUGCGAGAAGAAGAUGCCCUGCUGGAAAAUGGCAGCCAGAGCAAUGAAAGCGAUGACACCAGCACAGACCGGGGUCCUGAGCCAGCCUCGCCCCUCAAGGAGACCUCCUUUUCCAUUGGGCUGCAAGUCCUCUUUCCAUUCCUCCUGGCAGGCUUUGGGACAGUUGCUGCUGGAAUGGUGCUGGACAUUGUGCAGCACUGGGAUGUCUUCAAAUACGUGACUGAGGUAUUUAUCUUAGUACCUGCAUUACUGGGCCUGAAGGGGAACCUAGAAAUGACUCUGGCAUCUCGCCUGUCAACAGCUGCUAAUAUUGGCCAAAUGGAUACACCCAAAGAGCUCUGGAGGAUGAUAACAGGGAACAUGGCUCUGAUACAGGUUCAGGCUACUGUGGUUGGCUUCCUGGCCUCGAUUGCAGCAGUGAUAUUCGGAUGGAUCCCAGAUGGGCACUUCAGCAUUGACCAUGCUGUCCUGCUUUGUGCCAGCAGUGUGGCUACUGCUUUCAUUGCUUCCCUUGUUCUGGGCAUGAUUAUGAUUGGAGUCAUCAUCGGAUCCAGGAAGAUGGGGAUCAAUCCUGAUAACGUUGCCACACCAAUUGCUGCCAGCUUGGGGGAUCUCAUCACCCUGGCUCUGCUUUCAGGAAUCAGCUGGGGCUUGUACAAAGAGCUGGAGAGCAAAGCCUACGUGAAUCCUUUGGUAUGCGCCUUCUUCAUAGCUCUGCUGCCCAUCUGGAUUAUCAUUGCCAAGAAGAAUGCAGCAACUCGGGAGGUGCUGUACUCUGGCUGGGAGCCAGUCAUUAUCGCAAUGGCUAUUAGCAGUGUUGGGGGUUUAAUUUUGGACAGAACGGUCUCGGAUCCAAACUUUGCUGGGAUGGCUGUCUUCACACCGGUUAUUAAUGGUGUGGGUGGCAACCUGGUGGCAGUGCAGGCUAGUCGCAUCUCCACUUACCUGCACAUGAGUGGGAUGCCUGGAGAGAGCUCCGAAACAGCCCCUCGCAAGUGCCCCAGCCCUUGCAGCACUUUCUUCAGCUCAGAUGUGAAUUCUCGCUCUGCUCGUGUGCUCUUUCUUCUGGUGGUGCCUGGACACUUGGUUUUCCUUUACACCAUCAGCUCCAUGCAAGGUGGACACACUACGCUCACCCUCAUUUUCAUAGUCUUCUACAUGACAGCUGCGCUUCUCCAGGUUCUCAUUCUUCUGUACAUUGCUGACUGGAUGGUGCACUGGAUGUGGGGCAGGGACCUCGAUCCUGACAACUUCUCCAUCCCGUACUUGACAGCGCUGGGGGACCUGAUUGGAACAGGUCUCCUCGCUCUCAGCUUUCACGUCCUCUGGCUCAUUGGUGACCGGGACUCCGAUGUGGGAGACUAGCUCUCCCUGCUGCCCCCCCUUCUCACAGCUCUUCUCCUUUCAUUUUGUUGUUGUUGUUUCUUUUCCUCCACUCUUGCUCUCCUUUGCUUCCUCCCCCCCACCCUGUCUCUCUUGAGACUUCAUCUUUGAUACUGGAUUCUCAUUAUUUUCAAUGGGAAUUUUAUGUGGUUUAUAUUUCAAGCCAAGUUUGUACAGAAAAUAAGUCUAGUUUUAGGAAGGACAAAAAAGUGUAACGAGACAAUCACCAAGUGCAAUUUCAUAGUAGUUAUGUCUGAACCAAGGUUACAGUGAAAAUACUGAUCAGUCAGAUCACGCAGGGAGCCCACCCUGUCCCAGUCACUAGAGGUGAAGGGCUGCUUUUUUCGCUUCAUAAGCGUUUUAAAUACUGGAGGUAAGGUUCAGAUUUAUUUUACUGAACAGGCGCCUUCUAGCAAGAUACAACCUCAUGGACAAGGGCAUGGGGUAUCUCCUGUCUUCUCUGCCCUGUUGCCCUCCUCCCUCGUGUUCGCUCUCUGAAUCCCCCUCCUAUGCCUAGCAUCCAAAGCACGCGUGUCUCUGGUAGAGGGAUUAGCAAAGAUGGUGCGGAAGGGUCCUCUGUGCCGAAACACCCAUUCCUGUGUGCCCGCAAGGAAAGUGAGUGAUCUCGGGUUUGAAGACUGCAGAGCCCUGAAAUCUGGCUGUGAGCAGGCUGGUCUCUGCUGACAGAUUUCGGCUUCCUUUUGCCAACCAUCCGGCAGCAUCUCAGACUGCAGACUGCUUGUUCUGCCUCUCAUCAUGAAUUGAGUUCGGCUACUGCUGCAUGCAAAGGGAUGCACUCUGCGCUCUGUCUGAAGAGGCUGUGAGUUCUCCCCAUCUGUCCUUCUCCCCUUCCGCCUGCUCAGUUCAGUUGACUUUUCUUCCCUGGAGGGCUGGAUGGGAAAAAAGAUCCUAUUUUGUGCGUUAAGAUUUUCUUUCAGUUGCUGAGUGCUGCUGACGGGGCUCAUUGCAGCUGGGAAGAAGCCACCCAAUACCUCUCCUGGUUGAGCCUGAGGCAUUUUAAACUUGGGAGCAUCAGGCUCUUGGUGUCUCUUAGAAAAGGACAUCCACGUCCAGCCGCUGGAUUUCUUUGUAUGUGUAGGUGCCAGCUGGAAAACAGGUCAGCGGGCACAGUCAGAUUUCUGAAGCCCUGGUUCUUAGUACAGCUCUCUGUCCAGGACUGCAGCAAAAGAACCCGCUUGCCCUUGAGCAGGCGUGUAAAAUCUGGCAUCAGGGUUACAGCCCGGCUCGCAAGCGCUGGCUGAGCACUGCGAGCGCAGGGUUCCCUGCUCUGUUUCUUUCCCUUCUGCUUUUUCAGCUCAGUGAUUGCUGAGAUGCCUUCUCUUUUGCUGCCAGUGCGUGUUGGAAGGACUCUCGUGCAGUCUGCAGCGGCGUAAUGAGAGAAAACCUGUUCUGGCUGUGUGACUAAGGCGUUCGUACACCUUCCUGAAUGCUGUCGGCACUCAGCGCUUUUUAGUUUUCCCAUUUGGGUAUAAAUCAAUUCAGUAAACUGAGUGCGGUUUGAUGUAAGCAGGUCUUAUCGACUUGGAAACUUCACCCAGUUACACCAAGUUUAAAUGAUGUGCUCAAGCAGACAGCGCUAUUAAACAGGCUCUAAUGCGUGAACACAAAUUGAAUGCGUAAGCAUGCAUGGGGGGGAAGCUCUUAACAUCUGGCAAGGAUGGGGAAAAUACAGUAUAUCCCAUGGAGCCUAAUUUCAGUGCUGCACUUCGCAAAGCUUGGGGAGCUGCCAGUAUCUUCCCAAACGCUGGGGUAAUGCCUACAGUAUUCAGCGUAGUAGCAGCUUGCGUCCUGACCCUGAAACGACAGCAAAGCUCUCCUUUUAGGUAGCUGUGCAGGCCCGGAGUGCUGCAGUUCUGCCCCUGGUCUGGACACUGCCUCUCCUACCUAUUUGGAGCUCCAGAACAUAACCUGAAAGCUGCUGGGUUUGUGGUGGUCUGCUUUCCCUCUUGCUUUAAGUGUGUUCCUCACAGCAGAACACGACCACCCUGGCUUGGCCUAAUUUUCUCCUUUAGGUUAACUUCUGUAUUUCUCACACAAACCAAUGCUUGUCUCCUUUUGGCUUUCUGUCCCAGCAAGGCUGGGCAUCUCUGCUCAGCUGGAAAAUGGUGCAACGUGGUGCUGGGAAUGCUGAUCUUCAUCUGAAAUAAGGCCAGGUUGGAAGAUCUGCUUGUUAGUCUGGACAUUGCCAGAACUAGCUGAGCUCUACAAAGCCCUGCCUAAGUGCCGACAGUUUUGCUUUUUAGGUCAGGAGUGAUUCGUUAGGAACAGUUCCUGCCUCCCCCCAGAAAAGAGCUGAAUACAACCCUUACGGUCCAAGUCAAGACCACAGGCGAGUCUGGGAUCGGGCAUUGUCCCAACCCAGAGCUCUGGUUGCAGAGCUGGUCCUUACUCUGGAGACGAGGAAGGUCAGGAUUAGCGAGUGGGAAACCAGUUCUGGAAAGCCACGGGAGCAGAUGUAUCCAAACGAAACGCCAGUCAGGCUCUUGCCUGCUUAAGGACCUCUCUGUAGAAGAAUCCUUUCCUGCUGCAGUGGGUGUAUCCUGAGUUCUCCUCCUCCUCCUCCUGCUGCGCAAGCUGUCCGUGGUGUUCGGGGGGCAGAGGUGGGAUCCUUGCCCUGUCAGGCUGCUCGCCCUCAGAAGAGCAGGUGAUAUAUUUUUUGAGAUGGCUUUCCCCUCUCUACCUUGCUAAUGUAACGCCAGGCUUGCUUUCCCCUUCCCCAUCUUCGCAACACGUCCUUCGUGGCAGUAGCUCUGAACCUCGUACUCUCCACCCUAGUGACGUGACUUCUCACAGGUCUCGUUUGGCCAAAGCUCUGUUCAAAAAAAAAAAUAAACAACCGACAAACCAACCCUCACACUCUACUGUACUGAAGUCUCAGCCCGGGGACUUCUGGAGUAUUCUCUGCUGCUCACCUGAUUUCUCUGCCUAAUGUUGAGGAAUAGAUAUGAGACUUCCUUCCAUUAACAUGUAAGCUUUUCUAUAUAUAUAUCUAUGAGAGAAACUUCCCUGGUCUUUUAGGUGUCACAUCACUAUUUAGUUCCCCAAGAAAAGAUUCCCCAGAGGAGGAAGCUACCAUUCGCGGUCUCCUGUAAAAUGGAGAGACCCAGAGGUGAUUGAGAGCUGUCACGCUGCUGGGAUGGUGGUGUCCGUACAUUUAUAUGAGGUCUAAGGUGUGUGCGGGGAAUAGGUCAGGGAAGAAUCUAAUUUAAAAUUGAAGAAUGUUGAUGGUCAAAAACUUUUCCCACCAGUUGCACUCAAAUGCAUGCCUACUCUACAGCUGACUGCAAAUGAAAAAUACUGGUUUACUCUUUUUAUUAAAGGAAAAAGACUGUCUUAAUUAUUUAUAGUUCCUAUAACUGAAUUGACAGAUGUCAACUUAACUGAUAAAUUAUAUUUGGUUAAAUAAAGAUG